UGGGGCUGCAGGGGCGGGACUUGACGCAGCGUCCGAGUAAAAACCGUGGCCCCCCCCAGACCAAGCGCCAUUCACCAAGACCCCUCCGCCUGUUACCCUCCGUACACGCAAUCCUCUGCCGGCAUCAUGGUUCACGAAGUGACGGGUCUCGAUGACUUCCAGAAGCAGCUGAAGGACGCCGGAGACAAGCUGGUGAUGGUGGACUUCACCGCUGUGUGGUGCGGCCCCUGCAAACAGAUCAGCCCAUACUUUCAUGAGCUGGCGGCAGAGUACACCAACGUGGUUUUCCUGAAGGUGGACGUGGAUGAUGCCGAGGAUGUCAGUGCAUCAUGUGAAAUUAAGUGCAUGCCCACCUUCAUAGUGUACAGGGCAGGAAAGAAGUUGGACGACCUCUCCGGCGCUAACCGAGAGAAACUCCUUGAAAUGCUGAAGAAACACAUGUAAGCCCCCUGAAGGGCCGACCACACACAACCUUGUUCUACAAGCUCCACAGAAACCCGCCAGUAGCCUCCUGUCCACGUCUCGGACGUGCAACGAACACCGGCUCCUGUUUUCCACGUAGCAGGCGGACAUUUAUUCCACUCGUGUACUGGUUCCAUAGUCCUGUCACAUCCAUGUAUGUAACAUUCGAACUCUUUUAAACUCCUGUACAGAGAAUUUGGAUUUUUCUCCUGAACGUCUCGUCGUAUGUAACGUGUCCAACAAGGUGGAUUCAAUAAAUGAAGAUGAGUUACA